AUGGAAAGGUCAGAAGACUUUAAUGAUUGGAGAUGGGAAGAAGAGAAAGAUGACUUUAGAGCUAUUCUUGAUGAAGCUGUAAUGGAAAUCCCUAAGGGUGACCUAGUCAUAAUAGGUGGUGACUUAAAUGCGCAUGUGGGAAAAGCAAGAGAUAGCUACAAAAGGCAUCAUAACAUUGAAAGAAUAGAUUUCUCACAAGAGAAAAAAGCCCUAUAUGAUGACAAGACAAGAUACAAAAAAUCCAAGAGAUUAGCUACAAAGGCGGUUACUAGAGCCAAAUCUAUGGCAUACGAUGACAUGUACGAAGAUCUACAUACCAAAGAAGGGCAAAAUAAAAUAUACAGAUUAGCCAAACAGCGAGAAAAGAACUCUAGGGAUAUAAACGUAGCUCCGAUAGUAAUCAUAAAUAAAGAUGGGAAAUUGAUAAUAAAGGAAAAAGAAAUAAUGAAUAGAUGGAAAGAAUAUUUUCUGGAGCUUCUCAACUUUAAUCCCCACAUACUACAUCUAGAUGAACACUCCCAAUGUCAAAACCUUGUACAACCAAUAACAGAACAAGAAAUAAUCACAUGCCUUAAGCAUAUGGAAAACAACAAAGCUAGGGGUCCAGAUGAUAUUCCAAUAGAAAGUCUUAAAGCACUAGGAGAUGAUGGAAUACAUCUCCUCACAAAUCUGUACAAUAAAAUAUAG